AUCAAUACUUUUUAUGUAGUGUGCUCAGUGUUAUGCCAUCCGUAGUUAACUUGGAAGGAUACAUGAAAAUAAUUAUUUUCCAAUAUGACAAGAGCAAAGUUGGAACUGGGAGAAAUAACACAUCAUAAUAUUAAACAAUUAAAACGUUUAAAUACAGUUGUAUUUCCUGUAUCAUACAAUGAAAAGUUUUAUAAAGAUGUUUUAGAAGCUGGUGAACUAGCUAAAUUAGCAUAUUAUAAUGACAUUGUGGUUGGAGCAGUAUGCUGUCGAAUAGAUCAAGAAGUCGGGCGUAGAUUAUAUAUUAUGACUUUGGGCUGUCUAUCACAGUAUAGAAGACUUGGUAUUGGUAGUAUGAUGGUUGAACAUGUCUUAAAUUAUGUUAAGGAUGAUGGUACAUUUGAUAGUGUUUAUCUACAUGUACAAUUAAACAAUGAUAGUGCCAUAAAAUUCUACAAAAAAUUUGGUUUUGAAAUAGUAGAAACUAAAGAACAUUAUUAUAAAAGAAUAGAACCAGCAGAUGCAUAUGUAUUGGAAAAGCGCCUACGGCACAAAAUAACAAAUGGAAAAAAUGACCAUCUUUCAAAUAACAACAAAAAAGACUAAACUGAGAUAUAUUUUUUACUUGUUCAUUGUAUUAAUACACUUCUAACAUUUAAAAACAUACUGUUACUUAUACAGUAUAAAAUAAUAAAUAUGCAUAAAAAAUA